ACAUUGGUCAGAAGAUUUCUUCCGAGAGUUUCCUCAAGACGACCUACAGAAGUGAGCUCAUGGGAUGGAGGGGUGGGAUGAAACAAGGUGCAGUACACCAACAAAGCUGGACACUUUUCGACGCCACCCAAGACAUUUAAUCGGACCGAAUCAGCUUUUGGUCAAUACCGUUGCCCAUGCGCCAACGAGCUGCCAGUUAUGUGUACAGUUCUUUUGGGAGGGGCAAACAGACCAGGUCCAAUAUUUUUGGGGUACUUUUUCGUAUUUCGACACUUUAAUGGGUCUUUCUAGCCGUGAGCUCCCUGUUUGACGGAUUUGGUUCUCUCUGAACCCGGGGCUUAAUGGGUCGAUUCUGGCUCGAAAACGGGCUGUAAGCGUAGGUUUCGAGGGAUUUUGGCCAAAAACGGACUUGGACGAGUACGACUUUGGCCGAAGACGGACUUACGGGUAGCUUUGGUAGGGAAUCCGGAUUUGACGAGUGGCCACAGGCCUGUGGAAGGCUUCAUGUGUCGGAACAAGCCUCCCGUACACCAAACCUGCGAUAUUUUAUAUCCCGCUAUUUUCCCCGGGGGUGC